AGCCUUUAUCGAUUUGCUAAUAAACUCCUGACUUAGGAACUCAGGUGGAUGAAUCACAUUGCUUCUCAUGGAAAAGAUGAAAACUUUCUUGGUGGCUAUCUUGGCUACUGGCUAUUUCUCAAAUAUUUUUGGUGAUGAUUCAUUUAAGGUCAUUUCAUGUAGUCAUUACCAGAAGAAGGCUAUGCAAGAGAAACACAUAUGCUCCAUAAGAGUAAGCCCAUUAUGUGCCUCUAAUAAUGUCACCUAUCCUAAUUCCUGCGUGUACUGCUUUGCUAACAUUUCACAGAACAAUUUCACAGUGAUCUUCAAAAAAAUUAAAUCUCAAGCUUUGAAUCACACUCUUAAAAUUCAAUACAAUGGAAAAUGCAGCAAGGCCCAACAUUCACAAAUGUGACAUCUUGAGUGAAGCCAUUUGAAUUAAGCAUUGUCUUUCCUUCA